GCGCGUUUACGACGUCAUCUUUAAGCUCGCGAGUGUGGCUGACAACUAGUAAGCCACACACACGUUUAUCAGUGAAUUUAAUGCUACCGGGACAGUCGCUCUCUGCAUAUUUGAUUACGUAAGAUGUCUUCACUCCUGAAGGUGGACAAUGAAAUUAAAACUAAGGUUGAUGCUUUCAGAGAACGUAUCACCUCAGAAGCAGAGGAUCUAGUCGCAAACUUUUUCCCAAAGAAAUUACUGGAGCUCGAUCACUUCCUCAAGGAUCCCAGCAUAAACAUCACCGAACUGAAGGAGAUCCACUCGGAGAUAAACCUGACGGUGCCCGACCCCAUCUUGCUCUCAAACCUCCAUGACGGACUAGAGGGGCAAAAUGCCAAAAAGCGAAAGCUGGAGGAUGGAGGUGGAGAGGAUAUGGUGAGUGGCACCAAGGUGUUCGUCAUGCCUGGUGGGAUGAUGAAGAGCAACGGAAACCUUGUUGAACUUAUUGAAAAGGUCAAGCCAGAGAUCAGGACGCUCAUAGAGAAAUGUAACACAGUCAAAAUGUGGGUUCAGCUGCUCAUCCCAAGGAUAGAGGACGGCAACAACUUCGGAGUGUCGAUCCAGGAGGAGACGGUAGCCGAACUCCGAACGGUUGAAGGGGAGGCAGCGUCUUACCUCGACCAGAUAUCAAGAUACUACAUCACAAGAGCAAAGCUGGUUUCAAAAAUAGCUAAAUAUCCUCAUGUGGAGGACUAUCGGCGCACAGUAACCGAGAUUGACGAGAAGGAGUACAUCAGCCUGAAGAUCAUAGUGUCUGAGCUCAGAAAUCAAUACGUAACGUUACACGACAUGAUCCUGAAGAACAUCGAGAAGAUCAAGAGGCCUCGAAGCAGUAACGCCGACGCUCUGUACUGAUGUUCCUCCUGCCGUCUCAGCCCCCGUCUUCCCAUCUCGUCAUGCCCCUUGAGCUCCAGUAGCCCGGCCCCAGUCUGCAGGACUACUCAACUUAGACAUUCACCUACUUCAGUACAAUCAGCUCAGCCCAGUACGACAAACAUAGCUUUCAUAGAUGGACACAUGCAACGUGUUUUUUUUUUUCUUUCUUUUUUUUUCCUGGUUUGUUUUAAUUGUAAAAUAUUUUUUCUUGUUUUAAAGCCUUUGAAGACAUAAAUAUUCUCUCAGAAAAUGGGGAGAUAGAUGAUAGACAACAAAAAGCGCUAUGUAUUUUUUAAUUUUAAUUAAACAUUUUGUCCUUGGAUCUUUGUCAAAUUCAUUCAUUUGUAGCUCUUAAAGUAAAGUAAGGUGUUGUCUGAGGUUUAUUCAUUACACCAUGCAGUGGAAACAAAUAUAAAUGUUGACGUUUUAGGCCCACAGACUUGAUGGUGUUCAGUGAUAAGUCUCCAAAGCAUCUAUUAUGUUGAGGCAUUGACUCUGCUAAAUAAAAAAACAUUUUGAUAAGA